GUCUCCCUCUCCGUUUGCUGGACGACAACAACCUGCUCUCCCACUGCAGUUGGAUAUCAUUCAGAUGGUGUCUGACCGGUCACUCGGAGAUUUCAUUGGGUCGGCUUUGCUCUUGUCUUCCAUGGCGAUGGAAGCAACGAAAUUCUUCUCCAAAGGCAUUGAGCCGACUCGGCCGAUCAAUCAUGAUAUCUACCGAAAACCCCGCCUCUCUCCUCCAUGGAUUUAUCAGCCUGCUGACGGGACACACAACGCUUACCGGUACCUAUCGUCCCUGCCUAGGUCUCCGAGCGCAGAUGUAUAUGCUUUGUAAUGCGCAGUUGGAGACACUCUGAGAACAAACAUACGGUAGGUGGACGUGUCAACAGUCCCACUGCUCUAUUGUUGCUGUUGUUCUUGUCAUCACCGCUCUCCGUCACCAUUGUACUCUCUCGAACCCAUCCUUCACUGCCUCCUCAAGGAUAACCUGCUCUUAAGUUGUUGAUACUCUAUUGACAAGAUGGGAUCGGAGCAUCAUCCCGUCCACCACAAUGGACUCUACCGCAACCUGCCGACGUUCGACCCAUCGAUCAAAGGUUUAACAGCCAUAGUGACCGGAGCCAACGGCAUUUCGGGCUUCCACACAAUGCGCGUUCUGCUUGAAAGUCCCGAGCGCUGGAGCAAAGUGUACGCUCUAUCACGGCGACCACCGCCAGAGAAGAUGAUGGCAUUGCUCUCGGAAUCGCAACGGGCCCGAGUCCAGCACGUGGCAGUCGACUUCCUGGACGAACCGGGCAAAAUAGCCAGCGCCAUGACCGCGGCCAACCUCCAAGCCGACUACAUUUUCUUCUACUCAUAUGUACAACCUCGACCACCACCAGGGGCAGCGGCAUGGUCGAAUGCCGAGGAACUGGUCAAAGUCAACUCGGCGCUCCUGGACAACUUUUUGGCCGCCUUGACUCUAUCCAAAAUCACCGCACGACGGUUCUUGCUACAGACGGGAGCGAAGAACUACGGUACACACGUUGGCCGUGCCCGCACUCCCGCCCUCGAGUCCGAUCCGCAGCCAGCACACCUAGAGCCCAACUUCUACUACGCCCAAGAGAAAUCAUUGUUCGCCUACUGCGCGGCCCAGAAAACAAGCUGGAACGUGAUUCGACCAGCCUGGAUUGUAGGAGCCGUCAACAACGCCCAGAUGAACGCGCUCCACCCGUUUGCCAUCUACGCCGCGGUGCAAGCGCAUAAAAACGAACCCUUGCAGUUCCCCGCCGACUGGGACGCCUGGCAGUUCGAGGCACACCACUCGACCGCCAUGCUGACGGGUUACUUGUCUGAAUGGGCGGUGCUGGAAGACAAGUGCAAGAACCAGGCCUUCAAUUCCCAGGACACCAGCCCCUUGAGCUGGGACCGCUUCUACGAGGAAUUGGCCCGCUGGUUCGGUGUCGCAAAGGGCGUCCAGCCGCCGGACGAAGAUCUAAGUAAAUACAGUGUCAUUGUGGGCAAAUCGGGAAAAGACACGCCCAUGGGCUACGGCCCGCCCAAAAUAUCCCGCCGCCUCUUCUCCCUCGUUGACUGGGCCCGAAACCCCACCAACAAAACCAUCUGGGAGACCGAAAUCAUGCAACCCUCCCAAGGCCAAGUCAGCGACAACCCGUUCGCCGACCCCGAGGCGAGUUUCACAUUCGGCGACGCCGCCCUCGCGAGCUUCGGCAGUCUCUGCAUGAACAAAGCCCGUCGACUCGGCUGGACCGGCUUCGUCGAUACCAUCGAGUCAGUCUUUCAAAUGUAUCAGGAGAUGGCGGCCUUGGGAAUGCUUCCGAAGAUGAAAGUUGACAAGCCUAGACCUCUGGUGUGAAAUACUAGUAUGCCCAUCAAUAUCUUUGAUAGUAAUGAUGAUGAUGAUGACGAUGAUAAUGACAACCUGUAAGUCAAUGUCAUUGAAACGGGAUCGCAGUUAUCUGUCCCAAGACCAAGCUUGGAUCUCAAAUCAAAUGCCC